CUCAAGCAUCACCGAGAGCUCAGCUCCAAGGCCGAACUAUACCACUUAGAAGAAUGGAAGCCCAUGCAUCAGUUGGCAUGCUUCCGAAAGUCCUGGAAAGUCAAUUGCUUCAGACUACCAAAUUAGUGGAAGAACAGCUUGAUUCUGAAAUUCAGAAACUGGAUCAGAUGGAUGAGGAUGAAUUGGAACGCCUCAAAGAAAAGAGACUUCAAGCACUAAGGAAAACUCAACAGCAGAAACAAGAAUGGAUUUCUAAAGGACACGGGGAGUACAGAGAAAUCCCUAGUGAGAGAGACUUUUUUCAAGAAGUCAAGGAGAGUAAAAAAGUGGUUUGUCAUUUCUACAGAGACUCAACACUCAGAUGUAAAAUAAUAGACAAGCAUUUGGCAAUACUGUCCAAGAAACAUCUUGAGACCAAAUUUUUGAAGCUGAAUGUGGAAAAAGCACCUUUCCUUUGUGAGAGAUUGCGUAUCAAAGUCAUUCCCACACUAGCACUAGUAAAAGAUGGGAAGACACAAGAUUAUGUUGUCGGAUUUACCGAUCUCGGAAAUACAGAUGACUUCACCACAGAGACGUUAGAAUGGAGGCUUGGUUGUUCUGAUAUUCUUAAUUACAGUGGGAAUUUAAUGGAGCCACCGUUUCAGAGCCAAAAGAAAUUUGGAACAAACUUCAUAAAGCUGGAGAAGAAAACUAUCCGAGGAACGAAAUACGAUUCAGACUCUGAUGAGGAUUAG